UUCCCUCAGUUGAGCUUGUUCGGUCGAGCUUCUUGGGUGAUUUCGUGAUUGUAUAAACCGCGAUGCUUCGGAAGUGACAUUUUCAGUGCUAAGUGAACACAAAUCCUUCCAAAAUGUUGGCCGACGGGGAAAUAGUGGGCGACGGAUCAUGGAACCUCAUGGUUUACGUGACCGAUCUCAACGACAAACGCACCUUGGUUGUAAAAGGUGACAUGCACAUUGGAGGAGUGAUGCUGAAAUUGACAGAGCUCUUCGGUAAGAUUUUCAAGAAAGACUGGUCCGACCACGCCCUCUGGUGGCCAACCCGCAACAAAUGGCUCUCCAAACCCCGCCAGACCCUCGACCAGUGCGGCGUCCACGCCGACGCCUGUCUACACUUCACACCUAUGCACAAACCGUUGAGGAUCCAACUGCCGGACUUGAGAUACAUCGACUGCAAGAUAGACUUCUCUAUUGACACGUUCAGCGCGGUGGUACAGCUUUGCAAGAGUCUUGGUAUCCGGCACCCAGAAGAACUAUCCCUCUGCUAUCCACUGGAGCAGUCCCACCUCAAACAGAACUACCAGAACCUGAAGGAGGCGAAACGACUCCGGCCAUCGGCACCUCCGGAUACCAAUACGUUCAUCGCCGCUACCAGAGGAUCGUCGAACAGCUUGGACAGGUCCAACGGGUGUCCGGCCACGCCUCCGCCGCCGAGGUCGCAGUCAGCUACACCGGUAGCAUCGAACGGCACCCUCAGGCGCUACGGCACUCACAUAUACAGCACACAGAGCGACGGGUCCAGCGAUGGCGGCUACUGCGGGACGCCGCCGCGCGCCGCCUCGCUCGACGCCAUUGACGCCCUGGCUGACUUGUCGUUGGCUGACUCGCCUUUAGAGCCAGACAGUCAGUCAAGAGAGUCGCUGCUGACGCCUAAGACACUUGUGGAACGGGCUAGGAUGAACGUUGGCUGGCUAGACUCCUCUCUGUCCAUUAUGGAACAGUGCAUACGGGAGUGGGACACGCUGCAGCUCCGCUUCAAGUUCUACUCGUUCUUCGACCUGACUGCGCGCGCGCAGGACGCGCCGCGCCUCAACCAGCUGUACCAGCAGGCGCGCUGGCAGAUACUCAACCAGGAGGUGCACUGUACCGAGGAGGAGAUGCUGCUAUUCGCCGCGUUACAGCUUCAAAUCGAGCUGCAGACUCUAGCCGGUGGCAGCGUGGACGCGGCCGACGGACACGCCUCCAGCGCCGCGCCCGACGACAUCGACGCUGCACUCAAUGAGUUGGAGACACAACUAGAGGGUGGCCCGCCGGUCAGACCGGACAUCAUGCAAGUCCCCGAGCUAGCUGGACAUCUCAAGUACAUGAGACCAAAACGUUUUACCUUGAAAGCGUACAAGCGCGGCUGGGUGUCGUGUCGCGACGGCGUGUUGCGCAUACACGCGUCGCGCGACGCGGCCGCGCGCGGCGACGCGCCCGGCUAUAGCGGCGAGCUCAGAGGGGCCGAGGUGACCCCAGACGCGCACCCGGCGUCAAACCGCUACAGUAUUAAGCUGGAGGUGCCGUCUGAAGACGCCAUGAACGAGAUCUGGCUUCGGUGUGAAAACGAAGAGCAAUACGCGGAGUGGGUCGCGGCGUGCCGGCUGGGCUCGCGCGGGCGCUCGCUGGCCGACGCGGCCUUCGCCACCGAGGCCGCUAAUGUGCGCGCCUUACUCCGCCUGCAGACCCCGCAGCCCGCCGCCGCACAACACAACGUGCCGCACCUGGAACAGCUGCAGCCGGAGAACUAUGUCGCUCCGAGGGUGUUGAAACGACUCAAGGGGAAGUUCACCCAACGCGUCCUGGAGAGCCACGCGAACGUCAAAGACCUGCCGCUGCUCGAAGCCAAGCUCCAGUACAUCAAGACCUGGCAGAACCUGCCCGACUACGGGCAGACCCUGUUCGUGGUACGGUUCAUGGGCCACAGGAAAGACGAGGUCAUCAGCAUCGCCAACAAUCGCAUCAUGAGGCUCGACCCAAGCACCGGAGACCAUCUGAAGACCUGGCGGUAUAGCACUAUGAAGGCAUGGAACGUAAACUGGGAGAUAAAACACAUGAUGGUACAAUUCGAGGAAGGCAACAUCAUCUUUUCGGUGCAGUCUGCCGACUGCAAGGUGGUGCACGAGUUCAUCGGCGGGUACAUAUUCCUGUCCAUGCGCUCCAAGGACGCAAACCAGACCCUCGACGAGGAACUAUUCCAUAAACUCACUGGGGGCUGGACGUAAACUGAUAUGUCUUAAAACAUAU